AUGUCUGAAUGGGUAAUAGAGAAGGUAAAUAAUUAUGAUUCGAGUAUUGGUGAGGUGCAUUACUUGCCACAUCGCCCAGUAUGUCGUAAAGAUAAAACUUCAACAAAAGUGAGAAUUGUUUUUGACGCAAGUUCCACUCUACCGGGUCCAUCAUUAAAUGAUUGUAUAAAUGCUGGACCAAGUUUAGCUACACCUCUAUUUUUUAUAUUAUUACGUUUUCGUGCUAAUAAAUAUGCCUUUAUUGCAGACAUAGAGAAAGCAUUUUUGCAGAUUGCCCUUGAUAAAAUUGAUAGAAAUUAUUUGCGUCUAAUAUGGUUUGAUGAUAUUUAUAAUAUUAAUAAUAGUAAUUUGUUUUCAUCUGCAUUGGGUACAUAUCGUAUAUGUAGAGUGCCUUUUGGUGUUACUUCAUCUCCAUUUCUCCUCAACGCCACAUUAAUUUAUCAUGCUGAGAGAUAUUGCCUUAAUGAUAAUAAUAUUUCCUCAAAGUUGUUGCAAUCCUUGCAUAUAGACGAUUUGAUUUCUAGCUGUGUUACCAUUGAAGAAGGUAUUUUAUUUUUUAAUAAAUGUAAAGACAUAUUAAAAGAAGGAGGUUUUAACUUAAGAAAGUUUGAGUCUAAUUCUUCAGCCUUUGAGAAACAAAUUAACGGUGACAAUUAUGAGAGACAAACGAAUACAAGAGUUUUAGGCCUCAAAUGGAAUAAGACAGAAGAUUCAAUAAUUUAUUCAUUUGAGGAUUUAUUAAAUGUAGUCUCAAUAGUUCCAACAAAGAGAGAAGUGAUGAGUUUUAUUGCCAGUAUUUAUGACCCAAUAGGUCUUAUUAAUCCAGUAGUUGUAACUUGUAAAAAUUUAUUUCAAAGGGUUUGUGUUUCUAAGUUAGGUUGGAAUGAAAAUUUGUAUGGUGAUUUAUUGUCUACUUGGAAUCUUAUUUUAAGUGAUUUCAAAUCUGUUUUUCAAAUAGCAGUACCUCGAUGGUAUAUGAGUCCUGGGUUGGGUAAUAUAAAUAAUGUAAAAUUUGAAUUACAUGGUCUUUCUGAUGCAAGUGUUAAGUCGUUUGGGUGUUGUGUUUAUCUUAGAUUUUUUAAUGCUAAUUUUAGUCGUGCCUCUUUUAUAGCCUCGAAGUCUAGGGUUGCCCCAUUAGGCAAGAACACAAUGCCUCAAUUAGAGCUUUCUGCAACUUUACUCUUAGCAAAGCUAUUAGCAUCUAUUUACGAUCAAUUGAUAUCUAUUUAUAACAUUUCAAAUAUAAUAUAUUGGACUGAUUCAACAAUUUGUUUGCAUUGGAUUUUUAAUACUAAUAAUACCUAUGAACAGUUUGUACAAAAUCGUUUAAAUAAAAUAAGAGAAUUGACUUUAAUUUGUAAUUGGAACUAUAUUGAAUCCUUUAGGAAUCCUGCAGAUAUAAUAUCACGAGGAUCUUCGCUUAAGAAAUUAAAUAAUUAUGAACUUUGGUUUUAUGGACCCAAUUUUUUAAAUGAUAUUAGUAUUAAAUGGCCAUAUUAUGAACAUGUUAAUCAUUCAAAUGAAACACUUGAAGUUUUGUGUAAUGUGGUACAUGUUAAGGUUAAUGUUAAUCUUGACUUUAUUAAUGUUGAUAAAUUUAGUGAUUUUAGGUAUUUACUUCGAGUAACAUCGUGGAUUCUUCGGUUUAUCAAUAAUGCAAAAGAUAAAAAGAAGAACAUCUUCAAGACUGGUUUAAUUACAGCUGAAGAAAUAGAUAAUGCAAAGCGAUUGUGGAUUAAAUUUUCACAGAUAAAUCUAAUCGAUGAGAAUAAAUUUAAACAAUUACGAAAAGAUUUACGUUUAUUUCUUGUCAAGCACAAUGGUGUGAAAGAAACAAUUAAUGCUUUAAGAUCCCAGUAUUGGAUACCUUGUUGUAGGCAAUUAGCAAAGAGCGUGAUACGAGAAUGUACAACUUGUCGACGUAUAGAGGGUAGGCCUUAUUCAUACCCUCCUGCUCCACCUUUGCCUGAAAGUCGUUUAAAUUCUGAUUUCGCCUUUAAAAGUAUUGCUUUGGAUUAUGCUGGUCCGCUGUAUAUUAAAGAUAUUUAUGGCGAUUGUACGUUGAAUAAAGCAUGGAUUUUCUUAUUUACAUGUUGCAGUAGUCAUUCGAUUUUAUUAGACUUAGUAGCUGACUGUUCAUCUAGAUCAUGCAUUAUGGGUAUCCGUAGUUUUAUUGGAAGACGGGGUGUUCCAGAAAUUAUUUAUUCAGACAAUGGUUCACAAUUUGUUUCAACUGUUUCAAUUUGUUUCGCUCUUACCUUAAUAAUCGGAAACAAGCUUUAUCAUAUAACAACACUGUAA